GGGAACUGGAAGGCGCGACUGGACCCCGCCAGUGGGGACGAGGGGCAAGGACGAGGCAGGCGGUGCCUCAGAGAACCUCAGCCGUAUUUUUCCCGCCUCCAGCGGAGUUCAGCCGGUGACUCGUCCUCACGUAGGCGACGAGACGCAGCGAGGCCACCCAGAGUCCAGGACCCGGAGAACAAGAAGAAGAGGAGGAGCGUACCCAGAUGCUGGUGCCGCCGCCUCCUCCUCCCCUGUCUCCAUGGCAACCGCCCCGCCGGUCGAUCCGCGGAGCGUCUCUCUCCUCUCCCCACAGCUCCGGCGGCGGCGCGUCCGUCCUCGGGCGCGGCAGAGGCCGAGGGGCCCGGCCGGGACACUGCCAUGCUGCGGCACCUGUUGUUCAAGCUGCGCGCCACCGGGCCCGUGACAGUGGCCGAGUACAUGCGGGAGGCGCUCACCAACCCCGGCCAGGGUUACUACACGCGCUGCGGCGGCAUCGGAGAAAGCGGCGAUUUCGUCACCUCAUCUGAAAUAAGUCAGGUAUUUGGAGAGAGAGCAUGGGAAGGCUGGCAGUGUUGGUUGAUACAGAUCUGGAAGUUCCUGACCAGCUGCAGUUUGUCCUCUCACCAUCCAGUACCCCUGCAACAGAAAACUUUAUUCAGCCAGGAGAAAGGAGCGAUCACAUGGAGGUGUGUCCUGAGGCUGCGGUCACCAUUCAGAGGCUUGCCUCUCGCAUAGAGGAGGACGGCGGGGCCGCGCUCAUUGCUGACUAUGGGCACGAUGGCACCAAAACUGACACUUUCCGGGCCUUCAGGAAUCACAAACCUCAUCAUGUACUGAGAGCUCCAGAUACAGGGGAUCUGACUGCAGAUGUUGAUUUCAACUCUCUUAAAAGAUGACAGAGGGAAGAACAGUGACGUUGGGCUGAGUAUUUGGAAUUGAAGUAGUGGGAAAUCCCAUUCAGUACUCUGGUGACCCUUUGCAGGAUUUCACUUUAAUGAGAUUCUUGGAUCGCUUUGUGUACAGAAAUCCCAAACUCCAUAAAGGCAAAGAAAACACCAGCAGUGUGGUAAUGCAGCCGAAGAAGAAGCAGUGUAUGAAAGAUACGCAGAAUCUUGCAGUCAACAGUAAGGAAUUUCGUGCCAAAGAUGAAAGCAAAAUCCCAGUGGAUGAAGUGUUUUUUCACAGAUUUUAUUCGAAGUUUGAUAAGAGGAAAGAGAAACAAAAGCGUCAGGAUGAUGAAGAAAGUGUGGAAGACGUAGAUGAUGAUGAAUUUGAAAGAGCAUUGGAUACAUUCGAAGCUGCUGAAAAUGCCAUUGAUGCUGGCCAGGAUGACCUGGAUUUCGCUAGUAAUAUAAAAAAGAAAAACAAAGGUGGGAAGAAAGGCCAAAGAAGUGAGGAAUCUGGUGCUGACUGGGAAGAUUCUGAUGAUGAAUUCAGUGAUCUGGAUGAUGAGGAAGUCUCCUUAGGAAGCAUGGAGGAAGACUUUGAAGAGGAUAUAGAUGAAGAGGGAGAUGUGUUUAUGGAUAUGUCUGAUGAUGACAACAGCCUAGACGUAAACAGUGACAAGCUUGUCAGUAAAAAGGGCAAGAAAGACAUGAAUUUUGUGGGAUCACUUGCAGGAUCCAAACAAGGAAAGAAGAGAAAACUCAAGGAUGCCUGUAUACUGGCAUCUGCAGAAGAGUUUGGCUACCUGCUGGAUGAAAAUGCUGGGUCUAAGUUUGACAAUAUCAGCCUGAACGCCAUGGCCAACCGAGAUAAUGCAAAUGCCAAACAGAUCCAGUGGGAAAUAGAACGUGACAAAUGGCUUCACAACAGAGAUGUGAAAAGCAUCAUCAAGAAGAAGAAACAGUUCAGGCACAGAGGGCUGAAAAACAAGUACAAAGGCAAGAAAUCAAAAAGAUGAGCUGGACAUUUUAGUGUGGACAUUUUUACAACAAUGAUUCUAAAAUAUUUUUUUUAUUGAACACACAUCUUUCUUACUUCAGUUCUUGCUGCUUAACCAUGUCAUUUGGUCCUUCUCCCUUAUGCCAUGAAUGCCAGACCACUCAUUGGAUUUGUAAUACGCUGAAAAACAGGAAAAUCCACGUCAGCUUUAAGUUAGACAUGCCUGAAGUCGAGCCAUUUUGUGGCUCAUUUUGUUGGAUGCAUAGUCCUGCAGUUCUGAGGACUCUAUCCAAUGGUCUGACCCUCCAGCCACACCUGUGCAUAACAAUAAACACUUCUGUGGUGUCUCCUGGGCUAAGUUUUAAGCAAUAAUGAAACCGGUUUUAUAAUAAAAUGCAAAAUUCACCCAUUCUUCUGAAGCCAACUACUACAAACCUACCUUCAAGGAUUGAUGGAAACCUCUUCUGCAUUGCAUAGCUGAAGUCUGAGAAGAAACAGAAAUCACAGUUACUUUACUCAACAUAUUUUAAGACAUAAUUAAAUGAACUAUUUUUCUGA